GGGUAAACUAAUGAGAGAAAAUAAUAUUUGAGAGUUAAAGUUGCAUAUUAAUAUUCCUAUUAAGCUUGAUCUGACUUUUUAUGAAAAUAAAUGACUUUUUUUUCGACAUAGACAAAAGGAGGAAGAGAAAUCAUGUGCUCCUUUUCUAGAAAGAAAAUGCAGAAAGAGAAGUAUGUGACAUUGCAGAAACAUUUGAACAGGCAGUCGGAGGGUUAGGGAAGAAAGUACGAUGGUGAGAGUGGUUCACAAGGAGGAAAUCUCCAUUGACUAUGUCAAUACCCGUGAUACGUCUGCCAAUAGAUUGACUGAUAAAGACCGUAAAGUCCACCAUGCUCCAGCAGGCAGGAGGAUAUACCGGAUAGUUGCUAUCAGCUUUGUACUCCUGUGCAUCCUACAAGUUGCUGUCAACGUAACUCUGCGUCUUUAUUUCUUCAAAACUGGAAACCUGACAAGAAAUGAUAACAUCUUAGAGAAACUUUCUGAUUCCUAUAUCAAACGAGGAUGGGUAUUUUUUGGUUCCAGUCUCUAUUUUAUAUCUUCAAGUAAAGAGCCAUGGCUGAAGAGUAGAGAAUUCUGUCAGCGACGAGGUGCAGACCUGGUGGUCAUCAAUACUGUGGGUGAACAGGACUUCAUAGGGCAGUUUUACAGGCUCACAUGGCUUGGACUGAUGUACCAAGAAGAGCUGGGGGACUGGGAAUGGGUGGAUGGGACUCCACUAACCAAGAGUUACUGGGGUGAAAGCGAGCCAAAUGGGUAUCAAGGCAGAAAUGAAAGCUGUGUGGAGAUCAGGUUCUUUGGUGAUCAGAACAGCUGGAAUGACAUACCAUGCUACGAGCAGAAUUUCUGGAUCUGUGAGAAAAAAUUGGCUCUGUAAACUCAUCUACAUACUAAAAAAAAUAAAUAAAUAAAACUUGAAAAAAAAAACAGUUCAACAUUGUUGAUGCUGGAAAACUAGACCCCACUCAACAUAAAGUUGUAUCUUAACUUUGCUCCAUUUGCAGGUCUAACACAGUCUCAUUAGAAGAAAAUGGAAGCACUGGUAGAUCCCUAAAACGUUGGUUGUUAUUUUAACAGAGACAUUUGUUGUGUUUUUGUUACACAUUUUCUCUUUAACAACUGUUUUUUGGUCUGCCAUAAUAAACAUUUCAAACAGCAAUCACUACAUUGUGAGAGCAAAUUUAUUUGGACUCUGCCAUAUGCGUUGGAUGAUAAUUUACUUUGGAGUUAAAAGAUGUGCAAAAGACUGACAUAAAAAGCCAAAAAAGAAAAUCUGAUUUAGUAAAUUUGCAGUUUUUGUAAUCUUGUACAAUUUUUUGUUGUAUGAUUUCUUGAAGAAUCAAAUAAAAACAUAUUUCAAGUC